AUGACGUUGCCGAAACUCAGUAGCGUUUCUGUUUCAUCAGGACAUGUUAGUGCCAACUCACAUGGUUUCUCAAUACUAAGCAAACACCCUCACCCAAAUAAUCUUGUCCAUUCCCACUCACUUUCUCACACAAAUGCGAAGAGCCACCUGCCUAUCAGUAGCACUAGCACUAAAGAGAACAGCACGAACAAGGAGGAGGCGGAAUCACUCAAAAAAAACAACCCCUCUUCUUGGGACCCUAGUGAUGAUAUCAAGCUCCGCCACCUGAAAGAGAUCAAGAACUUGGGCUGGAAGGAGAUUGCACAUCAUUUCCCAAAUAGAACUCCUAACGCUUGUCAAUUCAGAUGGAGGAGACUGAAAUCAGGCAACUUAAAGUCUAACAAGACCGCAGUUAUUGACAUCAAUAAGCUAUUCGGCGUGUAUGCGACUGGUGAUGCUACCCCAUCCGCGGGUACUCCGUCUGCGGAAGAAGCCGUAAAAGAGGAAGCUGUUGAGGAUGAAGAUAUUACUGCAGGUUCUAGUGCUAUCGAGGAUUCUCCACCGGAUUUCAAGCCAUUAGUUAAGCCUAAAUACAUGGACAGAAAACUGAUAACUCAAAGAUCUACAUCAACAUUUUCGGACCAUGAGCCACAACACACGAAACCAAGGAAACUGUUUGUUAAGCCAAGGUCCUUCUCUCAUUCUAUAACAACCAACACGCCUAAUGUAAAGACUGCUCAGCAGACAAAUCUAAGCCUUUAUAACACUACUUCAGCAAAGACAAAUAAAGCUGUUAAUUCCAAUGAUUAUGAGAAUAUUGGUCUUGUGCCUAAAAUUAUUAUCAGGUCUAGAAGGAACUCCUUUAUUCCUUCAACUCAAAUCCCUCAUUCAACGACGAAGACUAGGAAAAACUCGCAUUCCGUAAUUUCUUCUAGAAGAUCAUCUUUUAACAUGAUGCAUUCAAGAAGAUCAUCCUUCAACUCUCACGCUCCUACGGAGCCUAUUUCUAGAAGAGCUUCCUUGGUAGUUAGCCCGUAUAUGUCACCCAGAAGGUUAUCUACAUCGCAAUCCGUUCAUUAUCAUCCACAGCACCAAUACUAUCUUAACCCCAUAGCGUCUCCCAACUGCAAGACAGACCACGCAAAUGACAAAAUCACGCACACGAGGACUUUCUUAGAUAUGCAAAAAUUCGCUAAUAAACACCCGUGGUCUAGAGAAGAUGAUGAAGUGCUACUUAACAAUACGAAGGACAAACAAAACCAUUUGUCGCCGCUAGAAAUUUCUAUUGUUCUGCCUAAUAAUAGAUCCGAGUUGGAAAUCCAACAAAGAAUGGAUUAUUUAAAGAGAAAAGGACGUGUAAGUGGUUUUCAUACAAAUGAAGGAUGCAAAGACGAGGAGGAGGAGGAUGACAUUGACCCACUGCACAAGGAGAAUGGCAUUAACACGCCAUCGCAGCAAUCGCAAAAUUACGGUAUGUUAGAGGCUAAACAUGAUAAUCCAAAGUCUAGUGAGCUUUCUUCUAUGACCAGCGCAAAUGACAUACGCAAUGAGCAAGAUGAACUUCCAGGUAUAAAUUCUAUCUUUAAAAAUAUAUUUUAA